AUGCCUUUGGAUCCUGAACAAUGGUUUCAUCUGCGAUCGAUGGAAAGUGAUAUAGAGUUAAAGUUCUUGCAGUUUGGGAUGGCCAUGGCCCGGUCCCUAAAGUCAAUUGCGGAUGAAGGCUGGGAGAAGGUCAAAGGGGGUAAACCAAAAAAUCACAUUGACAAUAUUGGUGGUGGUCGCAAUGCUUCCAAGUUUGCGGGCCACCUUGAGACCCUUAUACUCGUGAGAGCAGUAGAUAUCACAGCUGGUUUUCUUCGCCUGCCUACAAGGUCUUACUAUCCAAGCUUCCAGAAGUCAAUAAGUCUUGACAAGCGUCAAAUGGGGAAACUAGCCGAAAUUCAGACUUCCCUUCGCAUGUAUAAGGAACGCGCAUCAACGCCACUUCCUCCCUUGGCUCCGGGGGCCUCCUUUAUGCAGGAGAUCUUGCAUGGCGAUCACAGUGGAGUUGAGCAAACGACACAUUGGCAAAGGUUUAUCAAUGAGAAUUUUAAUCACCCUGACAUCCAAACGAUUAUGGGCAAUGAAGAGACAUUGAAGAAAUUUAAGCAGAGCCUUCCUCGUUGGAAGCAAAGCUUUGCAAAUGCCAUGGCAAUCUCUCCUCUUCUGCUUAUUAUGGGACAAGGCAUGGGUCAGACAUUAAAUACGUCCCUUGCUUUGCAAGUCGGUGGAAGGCUGUCUUCGAUUGGAAAACCAGACCUCAUCGUACGAGUUGAGGAACUCCUUUGGCAUUGCAUUAUUGGUAUCGCUUGGGGUUCUUGGAUGAGCAAGGUUGGAUUAAUGGACUUUCUCGAAGCAAUCAGUCCACUAAUCAACAAUAUGAAACCUUUGAGGGAGAAGCAAUCAGGUGCCACGCCUUGGGAUGAAUUUGAUGGGGAGGAUACGUGGUUCAAGCGUGCUAUUCACUUUAUCCAGCAGAAUGAUGUCGCAGGUUUGGGUGCGAGGGAGCUUGAUGAUCGAAUCACCAUUCAUGGUUGGAAUGAUUGCAUUGUUAAUGACAAGACAGGUAGUCCCUGGUACAAGCCUGACACAGGAAAGGGCUUGGAAGAAUCAAUGAUCGUGACUCUGAGCUUUUCCAAUGCAAUGAAGAAUCCUAUGGCGACCCUGGAGACCUUCUGUAACUACCACAUAUUCCUUUAUGGCACAAAGACUUCACCUCUCACCUGGUCAUUGAAUGACCUAUCUAAGACAAAGGACUAUCUUCACGUCAAUCUUUCCUUAUGCGAAAUAUAUGAGGAAGGCCUGGAAGAUGAAGGACGUGUUUUAAACGCACUCUCUCUGCCCUGCAGCACUUCUGAAACUGGACACCCUCUACAAUUGAUUGUAUCAAGCCACAUCAGAGCCUUUGAGCAGACAUCUGACCUUCCAGAAGAUAUCUUCGACACCAGUUAUCCAAUCUCAGCAACAAAUUUCUGGUUAGUCGUGAUGAAAGGAGUGAUCAGUUAUAUUCAUUCUGAUUGUCAUGGUGUUGGUACCUUCGUGGAAGUUCUUUGUGGGCGGAAGUUGUGGUACGUGUUUCAGCAUCAUGGGAGUCGAAGACAAGACAGUCGUAUAGAUGAGUAUAUGGGUGAUUGGGCGCCUGGAUUUAUUCUGGAUCCUAGGGAAUGGGAGGCCAAAGUUGUUUUGCUGGAACCCGGCUCUGCCUUUUAUAUGUGUCCAGAUACUCAUCAUGCUGUUCUGACGCUCGAGAACUGCAUUGUGAGGGGCGGUCAUUUCUAUUCCACCGUUACCCUUUCGAAAACCGUCUCGGGCUGGGUUCAUACAUGUAUGCUUGGGUACAGGAUCAUCAAUGUUGUACACCCGGAGCUUCAUCAGCUCCUCCUUUGUAUGAUGUGUUACUUUCACACCGUUAUUGGUGAGAAAGGUCCUGAAACUCAAGACACAGAUAUUCCCAGUAUAACAAGAGACGGACUGCUCGAACUCAUUGCGUUGGGAAAUCUGUGUAUAUUCGGAUCAGCCUUACUUCCUUGCAUCCUGCCAGACUCUGCCGAUGCCAUGAGGCCCGCAAUCACCAUGGCCAUAGGUGCCUACAUAUCCAUAAUCCGGUGUCUGCGGGUGGAUUUUGGUUUAGUUUUCCUUGCAGAAAAUAAUGCCGUUGAGCCCUCCAUCAAUUCCACCAUCCUUGUUGACGACAAAUUAAGCAUCUAUGCUUGGCCCAUAUUUUUGGUUCGCAAGAAAGUUGACCUCCUUGAUCCGGGUGCCUAUUUUGACUGGAAUACAGCCACUGAUUUUGAUUGCUCUGACAUUGAAGAUGAUAUAGAUGAUAGUGAUGGAGAUGACCGUGAAUUAGGAAAGAAAGAGGAUGGCCGCGAGAAAGAGGAUGGCCACGGCAGAGAUGACAGUUGGUCAAAGGACGAUGACAGUUGGUCAAAGGACGAUGAUACAGAGAAAAAGAAGGAUGCUCCUGAGGAGCUUCAGGAAUCUGACGUCGAGUCAGAACCAAUGUCAGGUGAGGAUGAAUCUAUGCACUCGGAGUACAUGCCAAGCAAGUCCGUUCUAUAA